AUGCCAAAUCUCCUCAGCUUUGCCUCCAAUUCUCUUAUCCCCCUUCUUGCUAUUCCUUUCCUCCAUUGGGCAUACACCUUCAAGUGGCGUAAAGCCAAGCAAACCAACCUUGUCUUCUAUGUUCAUGACAACUUAACUGGCCAUGACACUUCUGCUAUCACUGUGGCUGGAAAAAAUGGGCCUACUGCAAGUAUACUUGAAUUCGGAACUAUCUUGGCCGUCGAUGAUCCAGUAACCGAAGGCCCAGAUUCAGCGUCGAAAAACAUUGGUAGGGCCCAAGGUAUGUACAUGAACUCACAGUUGGAUGGUAAGGCAUUGUACUUGAUGUUCUCUGUGAUUUUCACUGAUGGAGAAUAUAAAGGAAGUAGUUUGGAAAUUCAAGGGCCUGAUCCUUUCUCAAUGAAAGAAAGAGAAUUUUCGAUUGUUUCGGGGACAGGCUACUUUAGAUUUGUGAAGGGAUAUGGAAUUAUGACAACAGAGUUCCUUGACAUACCUAACUUGAGAGCAAUUCUUAAGCUCAAUGUAACUGUCAAGCACUAUUGA